GGCAGAUGUCUUGUGAGAGUCUCCGAAACUGACUGGCUCGGAAAGAGGUGUGGGAGUCUGGAUCCAGGUUCGGAGAUCUCUUACAGCGUACCGAUUAGCUCAGUUUAGGGUUUGAGAUGGGAGCUAGGGUUCAAGUGCAGCACUACAAUUUGGGAUCGGCUGAUUCAUACAUCGGUAGCUCUCUACACGAUCUCAACUCCGUUGAUGGUCCCCCGAGAGAUAUCGGAGGCGCCGUUGUUCGUGACGGCGACAGCUUGGACAACGACGGCCAUUCCUCUUCCGCGAACUGUAUGCACGAAUCAUACACAAACUCUCUGCAAAUCCACAAUGACGGAGUUGAAGAAGGUGGAUCUAGCAUGGAUAACAAGGAGCCUUCAGGAACUUCUUACAAUAUGUUAACCAUUGAAGAUGUUUCACCAAUUGAAUCAGCACGAGGGAGGUUUCUCCAAAUCAUCGUGGAUUACUUUAUUAGCCAACAUGUGGUUGAAGUCUGUGAGAACAAGCGUGAUCAUGAAACCGAUUCAGGUAGUAGUAAUAAAUCCAAGAGGAAGUCGGAUGAUACACAGUAUGAAGGUGACCCGAGUUUUGCAUUGCCGUUGAUGUAUAUUGCAAACUUAUACGAGACUUUGGUUGGUGAAGCAAAUGUGAGAGUUGGUUCAUUGAAUGGUAUAAGGGAGAAGACCCUUGGGGUUGCUCUUGAAGCAGCAGGUGGCUUGUAUAGAAAACUAACCAAGAAGUUUCCCAAGAAAGGUACUUGCAUGUACAGAAGAAGAGAACUUGCAACAUCACUUGAAACAAGGACAAGGUUUCCAGAAUUGGUAACACAUGGAGGAGAGAAACGAGUUCGGUUUGUGGUGGUGAAUGGUUUGGAUAUUGUUGAAAAGCCGGAUGAUAUACCGGUUGAAGAUGCUGAAUGGUUUAAGCGAUUAACAGGCCGCAAUGAAGUAGCUGUCUCCGCUAGAGAUUAUAAAUUUUAUUGCCCUCGACACAAGCAUAGGCGUGUUAAUAGUUCUGCCUGCAGCAUCCAUGGCUUGCCUCAGACAUUUCCAGGUAUGGAUCCAUCGACUUUAGCUACUGUUAGUGAAGAUCAAAGUCAACAACAACACACUCCUUCUCCUUCCAAACAUCACAUGUCAUCUAUGUCUCAUCAUCCUCAUCAGUAUCACCAAUCUAUUCACCAGAGCCACCACCAACAUCAUCAAUCUAUUUACCAAAAUCAACACGCAGCCACACAUUUUCCCGGUCAAAACCAUCAAUGCGACCCUGAACUGUCUCAAGCCCAACACCAGUCACCAUCUAUUUCGCAGCACAUGGCUUGCUUGCAGCCCCUCACCGGAGGCCAUGUCAUGGCAACUGGUCCUGCGAAAUUCUGUGACCAAUGUGGAGCACAGUACCUGAGAGAAACCUCCAAGUUCUGCUCAGAGUGUGGUGCCAAGAGGCUUGGGAUAUAGCAGAGACAGAUUUGAAUCUCGUUUAAGUUAUAAAUUGACAAGAAGAUUAGUGUUUCAGGGUUGAAAAGAGGGAAUGAAGUAUGUAUGAGCUGGCUAAUUACUGACCUCUGAAGUAGUUGAUUAAAACUCUGUUAGUUUCUGAUCUUGGGAAAUGCAAAUUUGUAAGCCUUUACAUAUGCUUAUGGCUAUGUCAAAACGUAUAUAACCAAAACAAUGAAAAUAGUGUAAUUUUGAGGAAUA